AUUAGAACCCCAAAUCACACUCUCCUCCUCCCUCGAUCUCAAUCCGCCGCUGCUUUGCUCUCGUCGCCGGCAGAAGAACGAAGGUGGGGUGGUUAUGUUUUGGAGGGUUUCCCUAGAUCUGGAAGAAGAAACGGGGACAACGACAACGGCGGAUCGAUGACGAUGGUGUGGAUUCCCGGCGGAGGCUGUAGCGGCGCCUUUGAGAGGAGGCUGUAGCGACUCGUCUUGGCGAGCAGUGGCGACUCCGACUCCGACAGGAAAACUUGGUGGUGCGGCGGAUUAGGAUGCUGA